UCUAAACCCCGACUAGACCUCUGAAAACUUAGAGGCCGGCAGCGCGGUUAUAGACGGAGCACGAUGGCCUACUGACUCAGGGCCCAGAGUAGGCCCAAUGAGAGUCAUAUCAAACAUAAUAAAAAAAUGAUCUGAGAGCCCAAUAUUUUCUAUAGCCAGCUCACACACCACGACAACCCAGAAUAGUACCAAAUCCAGAGUGUGACCCUUCUUAAGAGGAAGAAAUUAACAUAACAAAGCUUAGGUGUCUCAAACCUAAGUUAAAUCUACUUCAACCUACUAAAUUCAUUUCAGCAGACAACACUUCUUUCUGGAAAGUUAAGCUUUUUAUUUUAUUUAUUUAUUUAUUAUUAUUUAGUGAAGAUGAGAGUACUACAGACGGCUUUACAAAUUCCUGACAGCUUUAAUGCACAAGCUGAUGGUACACACUGGAUAAUACAAUCACAGCUCACACCAAACUGACACUUUUCUCAUAUGCAGAUGAGCAGAGGCACGUGUUUCACAGAAGGCAUUUUGAUAGCACCUUUCUAAAGGUUAUACAGCCUAAAGAGAUAAAUACAUCGAAGUAACUUUAGAAGCACAUGUUUUGCUCGAGUCACUUAUCCAAAGUGAGUUUUUACACCAUCGUACCCUAACAAACCUUAUAAAUUAAGGUUUGUUGUCAAACACCCCUGCUGAAGUACAGUCACAGAGGGUCGUGAUAUGGCGUGGACUCCGUCUAAAAUAGCCUCCCUGCGCGCUGGACCCGUGUGGAGCGGCGCAGUUGUUGCGCAGAGUGGCAGGUGUGCGCUGCGGGUGAUUUACGCAGUCAACCGAGGCGCUCUCCCACUCAUUCAGCACUGACCAGCACAGCUUGGCACAAUUAGCAUUACAGCUCUGGGCGCCCUUUUAAUAAUCCUUUGUGGUGGAUAUGCGGUGAUUACACGGCUCGUUUCACGGAGUUGACAGAGGUUGGACAAUGUGCUAAUGAUGUUGCCAUUCAGUGGAUGGGUUUUGCACCUUUGUUUAUUAAUUUUUUUCCAGAGCAAGAGCAUCAGUCUGACACUUGAGGUAAGAAUAGCUUACAGUACUUAUUAUGAUAAUGAUCCACAUGUGACAUAAUUGCUUUUGACUUAAUUAAUUCAGAACUGUUUGUGUAUCAUAAUAUAACGUAUCGCUUAAAAAAGACAAUCAACAGAUUUUUAUUCAAAAAGAUUACAAUAAAAUACAGUAAAAUCACAGCUUUUUUUAAUGGAUGAAUCACCAAACAUGGCAUUGCUGACCGAUUAAAAGCCGAGCAGAGCAUUUGUUAUUUGUGUUUGCACGUGUCUCCAUCAUGUGGCUGUUGUGUGCAGUGAACCUCUGUUUUCCAAGCCAAAGUAAGUGUAAAGAGCUCCAGCAGUCUACUAAGGCUGUGUCUGUAUGGAUGGGAAUGGGAACACGGGCUGCCUGCAAUAACCAUGUACAAAUUACAUGGAAACAUCACAUUAUCAUCAUACUGCUGCUUGUUCUCCUUUUAGCUUCACAUGCAUGGGCCCAGUGUAGGAUCCUGAGGUGUAACUCAGAAUUUGUGGCUGCAACAUUGGACCUGGGAGGCAGUGGUGGUGGUGGGAAAGAUCCAGGCAAUGUGGGCUACUGCAGUGCCCUGCGCUCCUAUGCUACCUGCACCCGGCGCACUGCCCGUGCCUGCCGUGGUGACUUGGCUUACCACUCUGCAGUGCAGGGCAUCGAGGACUUGCUCAUCCAGCACCGCUGUCCAAAGUCUGGGCCCACAGCUCAACCCCGCCCUCUACCCCAGGCCCCAGUAUCUGGGGAUGCCUGCUUUUACGAGAAAAGCUAUGUGCAGCGUGAAGGCCGUGCACCAGAGUACCUGCACUGCGGUGUGUUCGGAGACCCUCAUAUCCGCACCUUCAACAAUGAGUUUCAGACGUGUGCUGUACCUGGAGCCUGGCCCCUCAUUGACAACCAGUUUCUCUACAUACAGGCCACCAGCUCACACACUAGAGAGAGCUCCUAUGCCACUGCACUCACCAAGAUCACUAUAAUUUUUAAAAACUGGCGGGAGUGUGCUGAGCAACAGAUUUACCAGGCAGAGGUGGACAAUGUCCCUGCAGCAUUUGUAGAUGGUUCUACAAGCAGUGGUGAGCGGCGAGGUCAGCACAGCCUGCAGGUGCGUUCCCAGGCCCUGGGACGCCAUUCUGAGAUCCGGGCAGCACACAUCGGCACCACAGUGGUGGUACGUCAGAGCGGCCACUCACUGGGGCUGGCUGUGCGCUCUCCACGUGCUAUUAUCGAGUCAUAUACCCCCGAGCAGGACCUGCAGCUGUGCCUGUGGGGAUGUCCAGCCUCUCAGCGCUUACACACACCAUCUGUGUGGCCCACCACGCUUGCAUACAUACACUGCUCAUCUCUACUUCCAGCCCAGGACGUCUACUUCCAGGCAUGCCUUUUUGAUCUGCUGGCCACUGGGGACAUGAACUCCAGCUCAUCUGCGCUCGAGGCUUUGGAAGAUGCCCGAGCCAUGAUUACUGACCCACAAAAGGUGCAUCUAGUGGCAGCUGCAGCAAACAGGCAAUCGUCAUGGCUCAUAGCAGUAUUCAUGCCUAUGCUUACAUUUAGACUCAUAUUUUGAAUGUGAUCAUGCUGAUAUCACUCAAAUGGCAGCUAUUUCCUAUUUUAAGGUUUUAUAUAAAAAAAAAUAGCUAUACCUCUUUCAUGUCAUAUUUUCUCAGAACCUUGGUGACUGAACAAUCAAACAGAUUUUUUGUAAAAUCGAUCAAAAUGGGGUUAAUAUGUCCUGAUAUAUGAUUAUAUUUGACCUGCAGUAUUCUCCAGUAACGUGGGAUGUUAAUUUUAUUUUCAGAUAUAAGUUAAAUUGAUAAAAUAUUUCAAUAUUAGAAUAUUAUUUAAUGUAUGAAUCUUUGUUAUUAUGACUACUUUGAAAGAUUUAUAACUGUAAUUGCUGUCCAACAGGAUGUACUUGAGAAGACAGUCUGGAACUGUCUCUUGGGAAAUUCAGUAUUAUGUUAUUUAAAAAUAUGUUAGUGAAUAGUACGAUCUUUUUCAGUUCAUGUCAAAAACAUCCAAAAGUAUUAGAAUGUAGGCCUUCUGGUGCCAGAAACAAUGGCUCCUAGAUUUAAAACCACUUUUUUUCAACUGUCAAAUGUCCUUUUUAAAAAUGUGCACACAUAUGAAUAUCAAUACAUGAGUAAAAUGUUACACACUUGCUUAUUUAUUUAUUUAAUUUUACAAGUUCCCUGUUUAUGGCAGCACAGUGGUGAAGCAGGUAGCAUUACUGCCAGACAGCUCCACGGUCCCAUCAGUUUCCUCUCAUCUCCUAUAAAACCAUGCCAGUUGGUAGGUUGGAUAAAUUGCUCCUAGGUGUGAAUGAGUGCCCUAUGAUGUGCUCCAGAUCCACCACAACACUGAGCAGGAAAAUACAGGUAUUGAAAGUGAGUAUGUAGCCUGUUGACAGCACCCAUGAAAGGCAUGCAUGAAGAAGGGGGAGGGGAAAAAUAAUAUUUUUGGUUAGCCAUUUAUUACUUUCUAUAGGAAUAAAUUUUGCUGCCUCACAGCUCCAAGGUUCUCAAUUCAAUCCUGAGCUCAGACUACUGUCUGCGCUGAGUUUCUCUGCAUGAUCUCCCUGUGUGUGGGUUUCAUCUGGGUUCUGGUUUCCUCCCACACUGGUAGGUGGAUUGGCUACU